GAGUGCUCCUCAUACACCAUAGCCAGAACCAAUGGCUCUUCUCUGAAAAACUCGCUGCCAGUGUGGCUUCGCCGGAAAACUCAUCGCCUUCCAGACCGGAGAUUAAACUUCUGGUCAGUUUCCGGUCAAGGUAUUUAUCCGUACGCUAAAGGCGUCUAUGCCUUUUAGUUUAUUUGACUGACUACCACUGAUGUGUCUCAGUCCGUACAUACUUCAUUGAGACGCAAGGAACGAGCAGCGAAAGCGAAAGUUGAAUCAAAUACUUUCCUUUUCACCUUGGAAGUAGAAGAAGCAAAAUGUCUUUUCAGAACAAGGGUUUUUGGACGGAAAAAGGUGCUGGACAAGUACAUGAUGGAGACUCAACGUUUGAUAAUACUUCCAGAACUGAACCAAAACGAUCUCAUCAAUGGUUUGUAGAUGCUGCUGAUACAGAGCUGUUCCCUAACAAGAAACAAGCAGUGCACACUCCGAACAGCAAAUUAAGUUCUGGAAUGUCAAUUGCAAAUAUCCCUUCUUGGGAAAAUGCUUCCAGUUUUAAUUCAGUUCCAAAUCAAUUUGUUAGUCGUUUAUUUGGAUCUGAUACAGCAAGGUCUGUCAACUUUACUGAAAGGAAUAUAUCUUCUGCUGGAACAGAGAAUUUGAAUGUGAGAAGAAAGGGUAUGGAUGACCAAUUUGGAGAAGAUGCAUCCAUUGGUUUGUCCAUAUCUCAUGCUAUGGAAGAUCCUGAAGCAUGUCUUACCUAUGGUGGAAUAAGAAAAGUAAAAGUCAAUCAAGUUAAGGAUAGUGACCCUAGUAUGCAUAUUCAAAAGGGACAUUGUUCUAGUGGGGAAAAUAUCAGUCACCUGUCUCCAGGUCACGCUUAUGACAGAGAAAGUGAAGCCGCUUUUACAUCAAUAGGGCAGUCCUAUAACCAAGAUGACAGUGUCACUUUAAUGGGUCACACCUACAACAGGGGAGAUGCCAAUAUGAGGUCGAUAACUCCCACAUAUGGCAAUGGAGAUGGCACUUCCAUUUCAAUCAGUGAUACAUAUGGUAAGGGGGAAGCUAAUGUUUUAUCUUUUAGUGGAUUCCCUGAUGAACAAGAUAUCAUCCCUGUGGGCAGGCCUGGAAGCGGCUAUGAUCUAUUAUUCAAUCAGCCGUCAGUUCAAACAUCAGAAACAUCCUGUGAGAAAGUUUUGGACACAACAAAUGCCAGUGCAGUUCUGAGUGCCACUAGGGCAACUAAAUCAAGACCUGAAUUUGUUUCUAAGAAUAAGCCAGAAUUCAGAACAUCAAAGAAAGAAGCUCCAAAUAGCUUUCCCUCAAAUGUUAGAAGCUUGAUAUCAACUGGUAUGCUUGAUGGGGUCCCUGUGAAGUACGUUUCCUUGGCACGGGAGGAGCUUCGUGGGAUUAUAAAAGGUUCUGGCUAUCUUUGUGGGUGUCAGUCAUGUGACUAUUCUAAGGUGCUGAAUGCAUACGAGUUUGAGCGCCAUGCUGGCUGUAAAACAAAGCACCCUAACAAUCACAUAUACUUUGAGAAUGGAAAGACUAUUUAUCAGAUUGUACAAGAAUUAAGAAGCACGCCUGAGAGUUUAUUGUUUGAUGCGAUUCAAACUGUUUUCGGUGCCCCAAUUAAUCAGAAAUCCUUCCGAAUUUGGAAAGAAUCAUUUCAAGCAGCAACUCGUGAGCUUCAGCGUAUAUAUGGGAAGGAGGAACUGAACAUAUAGCGGUAUUCGAGAUGAGCCUUGAUCAAAUUGUAAGAUAGUGUCAACUCAUGUGUAUAGAAACGAGUAACCCCUUUUUUUUGGGUAAAUUAAUUGUGUUCUCUCUUUCCGUCGUGUAACUUGUAUUGAAGAGUGGAUGGGUUUUUUUGUUA